UAAAAGGGAGAUAACUAUGUUACAGUACAGUAUGCGGGCAAUAAGUGUAAACAAGAAAUAGUGUCGUCUGCAUCAAUUAGAGUCGAGCCCCAGACAGAGGUAGAUUAAUUAGAUUUCCUCUGCCAUGAGUCCCGUGUGGAGGCCAGUCUCGGCCCCUCCUCAGCUAGAUCGCUUCUGUCAUCUGUCUGAUGAUGCCCAGCUUGUGAUGAAAGGCAUAUACAGACAAUACAACGAACAGAGAAAACAACAAAACACUCAAGAGCAACCAGGGACCUAUUACCAGCAGAUGUAUGAGAGGAGAUUUGGAGCUCUACCUGGUGUGAUUUUCAGUUCUUCACAAACUAGACAGACUGCCAGUAUAUUGCCAGGUCCAUCAUCCUCCACCUUAGAGCCAGGAGAUGUUUACAUUAACUCAUUGUCUAACCAGUUGGAGAGGACAGUGUGUGGAAAGUCAAAUGCACAUUCUGUAAGGGUGAAUAAUAGUGGCCCUAUACCUGAAAGUAGUCAUUCAUCAACUAUGUUGGUAUCAGAGUCGUCCAAAAAUUCUGCUCUUACAGACAUCAGCAUGGAACAGCCAGAUGCUGCAUUGCCAAAUACAAAUUUUGAGGAUACUGAUACAGACAUCUUAUUUCAACAAGAUAAAGGUGAUUCAUGGAGGUAUGAAAAAACAACUUUUGAAGGUUCACCUUUAUUGGGGAAUAAUGAGAAAUGUCACAGUAUUUGUUCUACGAAUACUUUGGAGAAAGAGGCAGUAUAUGCCAGUGAUUUUAAAAUUCCAUCGGAUAAUAUGCGAGGAAUUGCUUCACCUGGAAAUUCUCCUAAUUGUACAACUGAUACAAGGCAGAGCAGACAAUCAAUGGUGACAAACACAUGUACAGGUCCAGCCCAGGGAAAGUCUUCUAUUUCAGCCAGGCUGAAACAACACAUGAUAAUAAGGAAAGACAUACAAAUGAAACAGGAUAAAAGAGAACAUCAUAAAAGACAGUCUGGUGUACCGAUUAACGCAUCGGAGGGAUCUACUACAAGUUGCCUUGAUACUGACAGAAAAUACUCAUCUGCACACUUUAGUACUCCUUAUAAAAAGCAGAAGAAGAUUAUGGAUGAUCAAACUUCAGAAACACACAAGGUGUUAGCAGUCAGUAGGCAGCACACAGCCAGGGAAGUGACAAGAUUGAGUGACCAGGAUCUAAGAAAUGUCCUCCAAACCUUAUUAUCUGCCCAAGAGGUGCUGAUAACUCUUGUGUACAAAAACGGUUCUACACAGCUAAGGGACAUCAAUGCUGCUCAAACAAAGAAGAAGUCAACAGGAAUUUUCAGACAGAAGCAAUGGACAUCUGAGGUACAGUCUGUGGCAGUGUGUGGCUGUGAAGGAGGUAAUGGGCCUCCUCAUGGAGCGAAGGUGUGGCUGUUUCCUUUACCUGGCCAGGAUCACAACAAAGACUCACGUGACACACAUAUCAGAGUGUUCUGGAAGGACUUGGUGUCAAACCAACACCGAAAGAUUUGCUGUGAUGCCAAGAUCUUUUUAAUUAUAUUGAUGAAAGAGUUCAAUGUCCAUUUUAUAAUUGAUGUUGCUGUGUUUGAUCCUGUUGUGGCCGCCUGGUUGAUGGAUCCUGACUGUGAAAAUGUGACAUUUCACAAAAGUCUGUCACUUGUCUGUCUCACUUGGAAGGAGCAUGUGUUGAGCAGUGCUGUAGAUGUGUUGAGGGAGGACAUGUGUCUACUGUCAGAGCUGAUGAAGUGUCUGUACCAGAAGCUGGUAGCCAGAGACCUAUGGGUCCUGUACUGCUGUGUAGAAAUGAAGCUACUACCUCUCCUGGCAGCCAUGGAGCUCCGCCCUCUCAGGGUAGACUCUGAUACUAUGCUCAGGUUCUCAGACGUCCUCAAGCAGUUCGUGAAAUUUGAGUCUUCAAUUCCUUCAAAUGCUGGUCAUCCGUUCCUAAUCAACAGCCCAGCACAGCUACGGCAGGUGUUAUUUGAGGAACUAAAACUUGACAAGAAGCUACCAGGAGGUAAGCGGCUGGCAAAGACAAACAUUGGACACCAGAUAUCUACAUCAGAGGCUGUCCUGAGUCAGUUGGUGGGCACUCAUUGCCUCCCAGCCAUUAUACUGGAGUACCGUCAGGUACAGAAGCUGAAGUCUACCUAUGUAGAGGGGAUGAUGUCAUGUGUGCGAGAGGGGUACAUCUCUACCCACUGGGAUCAGACAUCAGCAGCCACUGGCCGACUAUCUUCCUAUCAGCCCAACAUACAGGCUAUCCCCAAAACAUCUACAGUAAUAUCUGACUACACCAACAACUACAUUGUAGGGAAGAAGAGUGGUGACAGAGUAGAGAUAUUUCCCCGGGAUUCUUUCAUCAGCCAUGAUGGCUGGUCCUUCCUUGCAGCAGAUUUCCAGCAGAUAGAGCUGCGCCUUCUAGCUCACCUAGCUGAUGACCCUACACUGUUGAAGAUCUUUACCGAAUCUAGAAGUACAGACAUUUUCAUAGAACUUACAUCACAAUGGUUGUCUAAGCCUGUUAGCCUUGUUACAACACAGGAAAGAGAACAGACAAAAAGAGUGGUCUACUCAGUCAUGUAUGGGGCAGGGAAGGAGCGGCUUGCAGAAUACCUCAAGAUGUCUACCCAUGAUGCUAAGGCUAUCAUAGACAGCUUUUUGGUCAAGUUCCCUGCUGUCAGCCAGUUCUCAAGGAAAUGUGUGGAGUUCUGUCAGAGAAAUGGUUUCACCACCACAAUUUUCAAAAGGCGACGACUAAUACCAAACAUCAAGUCUCCAUCACCAGUUCUACGGGCCCAGGCAGAGAGGCAGGCAGUCAACUUCUGUGUUCAAGGUUCAGCUGCUGACUUGUGUAAAGCGGCCAUGAUACAAGUGGAGCACACCCUACAGAGCCACGCCCAUCUAAAGGCCAGACUGGUUGUUCAGAUUCAUGAUGAGCUCCUGCUAGAAGUAUCAGAUGAAGAUCUAAAUUCCAUCAGAAGCCUGGUACAAUCUGUGAUGGAGGAUGAAGUGACUCUCUGUGGGAAAAUGGUGACCCUCAAAGUUCCUAUCAAAGUUUCCCUGAGUUCUGGAAAGACCUGGGGACAUUUGUCUCCCCUUGAUUCUGGAAAACUCUAAUGAAACCCAGGGAUUUGGAGAACGUCUGUUCACUUCUGCAGAUUAGAUAUGAUAAAGUCAAGAAUGAUGGAACAAUUAUGAUUAAAAAGAAGAAGAAGAGGGAACUCAAGAACAGUUGAUAGGGAAAAAGAGACUGGAACAAUUCUGAUCAAAAACAGGAGACUCCGGGAUAGAAGAAAUAAAACCCAGCAACAGUUCUGUUAAAACAAAAAGACUCGAGAACAGUUCUGAUAUAAUAAAGGAGACUCCAGAACUAUUUCUAUAGAAAAGGGAGACUCGGGAGCAGUUCUGUUUUGAUUAAGUGUAUAUAUACAGCACCAAAAAU